AGGUAACAUCUUCUGCCAAUAAAACGGACAUUUCCCCUCUUUGUUCCAAGGUGUAGCAUUUUUGACGUUGCUUCAUCGUCGGGGAGUGUACCGUCGUGUUCAAAUUUCACUGGAGAGUUGCAAAGCAACGGAAGCUGAUCUAGCCUUGGCCAGCUCAGUCGAACUUCUUCUAGGACUGGAAGAUAAGCCCGGUCGCUUCUACGAAAAGCCCAACAGGCACAGAUUGCGCCCAUUCCAAGAUGUCCAUCGACAGGCAAGCGGACAACGCCAUUCGAUUCUACGAGUCAAAAUCUAGGGAUUACGACGACACAUGGCACAGCGACUUCACGAAGCGUUUCAUCUCCUUCCUUGAUAUUCAACCAGGCCAACAUGUGCUCGAUUUGGCGUGCGGGACAGGUCUUUUGAGUUUCCUCGAGGCAGAGGCAGUGGGGCCGGGAGGCCAAGUAGUUGGUAUCGAUGUAACACCGGGGAUGUUGGCCAUAGCUGCGCACAAGAAGACGCAUGGUAGUGACAAGUACUCACAUGUGUCCUUCAUCAAAGGGGAUGUAAUACAUUUAGAAGAGACAGAAGAGCUCAAAGGAAGGUUGUUUGAUGUUAUCACCGUGGCUUCUGCCCUGGUGUUGUUUCCUGACCCCAAAGCUGCUAUUGAACAAUGGUCCACGUAUCUGAAGCCAGGAGGCGUAAUCGCUUUGGACGCCACCCACCCUCGGAACUUGGUGUCUGGCAUAGUGCUUGAGAGAGUCGCUCGCCGUUUGGACCUGCCUAUUCCGUACAAUCGUUCUUGGAGUAAAUCGGAGUCUAGUCUUAAAAAUGUACUAGAAUCGGCUGGUGUCGAAGUAGAGCAGGUUGUCACUGUCAAUAACCAGGCUGGAUAUGGAAGACGUUCUUACAAAAUGGAGCAGUGGGACGACUUCUUCGUCGAGAACGUUAUCGUGAAGGACGUUGCAAAGACGUUUGCGAACAACGAGAUUCGAAGAAAGGCACAAGGUGUGUACAAAGAAGAGUGGGAAAAGUUGGCGAUAGACGGAAAGGUGGAGGAGGUGGAUGCUGUCUUUCUGGGGAUUGCGCGAAAACCUGCUGAUGGCUCGAGAUAUAUUUCGAAAGCAGUCACGGACGAGGUAUGCUUCAAAGGCGGUUGUCGCUGUGGCGGAGUCCAGUACACCUCGAGCGCGAAUCCGUCGGACAUCACUGUCUGUCACUGUCGCGCAUGCCAACAAAUAUCGGGUUCCGAUUAUCUUCCCUUUAUCGAUGUUCCAAUAGCCGCUGUCAAGUUUACCCACUCUUCCACCCGCAAGAUUUUGAAGCUGUCGACUUUUGCGGAACGGACCUUCUGCUCAGAUUGUGGUGCUCCGAUCAGCAUGGCUUUUGCCAAUGAUCCCAAGCACAUCAGCCUGACAACGGCUACGGUUGAUUUGGAGAGCUUAACGUCCGAUACAACGCCGAAAGUUGCGAGGCACAUUUUUCUUCGCGAGAAGGCGCCGUGGGUGGUGUUAUCGGAUGACGGAGCUGAACGUUGGGGUACGGAAGAGUUUGCGCAUUUGUUCAAUGUAACCUAGACGGGUGAAUUGUGAAUUACUAUCUUGAGAGCUUUGCAGCUGCCUAUAGAGCCAAUUUUUUGUUACAAAGCGAACAGAUUUCGCUACGCAUGUUCGAUGGAACGACCGCC